AUCCAUAAUUCUUCUCAGAAAUUAUCCAGAAUGUUUGGUGGAACUACUGUCUUAUUCCUUGUUGUGGCAUUGUUCAUUGUAGCCCCAAGUGAAGGUUAUUAUGGUUACGAUGGAGGAUGUGCGUGUCCUGCAGUAUAUGAUCCUGUAUGUGGCGUAGAUGGACAAACGUACUCCAAUUCUGGAUGUCUUGCAUGCGCUGGUGUUCCGAUGGCUUGCAGAGGAACAUGUCCAUGUUAUUACAGACCCUACAGACCCUACAGACCUUACUGAGCAUAACAACAGCAACGUUUUACAGUAAAUGUUAAAACUGUACUCUAAUAAAGUCCUUUUAAAAACUG